UAAAGAAACCAACAUUAAGAGUGUAGGUGCAGAGACCAUGAAUGAAAAUAAAUUUAUGACUGUAGAUCCGGGUACUGGGCCAAUAGAAGCUGCCAUCAAACCAUUGCCAUUUAAGGAUCCAAGCUUCAUUCACUCUGGCAUUGGUGGAGCAGCAGCUGGCAAGAAGAACAGAACUUGGAAGAACCUAAAACAAAUUCUUGCUUCUGAAAGGGCAUUGCCAUGGCAACUCAAUGAUCCUAGCUACUUCAGCAUUGAUGCUCCUCCUUCCUUUAAACCAGCCAAGAAAUACUCUGAUAUUUCAGGACUACCUGCAAAUUAUACAGAUCCACAGAGCAAGCUGAGAUUCAGUAGCAUUGAGGAAUUUGCCUACAUUCGGAUGCUUCCUUCAGAUGUCGUUACAGGUUACCUGGCAUUAAGAAAAGCAACAAGUAUAGUUCCCUGAGACUUACCUUUGAAUGACCAGUGAUGGACUGGGAUAACAUUCAGUGUUUUAAAUAGAAUUGUAGUAUUGAGGUUAUAUAUAGGGGGGUUAUUACAAAUAUAUAUUUAUGUCUGGAAGUGGCUGGUAUUGAACUGUGCAUUCGAAAGAAUGUUUAGUUUUAAUUUUGAUACAUUUUGUCAGUUUUGCCAUUAAUUUCAGUGGGGCCAGGAUUUCACCCUCGCUAUUGUUAUGUGUAUUGAUAUUUGUCUCAGAAGACGAAUGAGCGAUCUGAUUCUGAGUUCUAAGCUCACCUGGCAUAUGGAUUUCCUUUUGUGGCUGUGGAAAAGUCACAACUUCUUUGCCUCAGUUUGCCCCUCUCCACAAAUACUUCUCUGAAUGCUGCUGUGGAAACUAGUUGGUUAAUGUCCAUUAAAUGUAUUGAAAAUGAACACAUCUGUACAUGUGCUAAUAGUUAUAUUGCAAACUUAAUUAUCUUAAUAUGGGCCAUGGCACUGGGUGAGGAAAUAGAAACACAAUAUUGGCAUAUUUUAGCAGUGAAGGAAAUUGUCAGCAUAAUUAAAAUUAUAUACACAAACUAUGAUACAAGACUCAGACAUAACGAAUAGUGAAACAAGGGGUGAAUUAAAGUUGUAUAGGCAGCCUAAAUUCUGGCAUUUCCUUAACUUUCGAGAGUAUGACUUUGCAACCUUAAUAAUGGUCUUUUUAAUGCAGUUUUUUGCAUGAAGUUUCCUAGCUUUUUAAAAAAGCAAUCUGAAUGAACAGAAAUACCAUCAUUAGCAUAAUAUAAAAACCCAUAUGAUUCAUUAACAGGGUCAGAAUCUUCAGAAUCACAAUACUGACCUCUGUCGCAUGAACUAGUGAAGGUACCAAUACGAGGUUGGCAUCUGCGCUGUGGACCUGCACUAGUGGGGUAUUAGAGAUAUUGAUGACUGAUUUCGCAGAUAUCUGUUGACAGGAGAGUAAUGAGGAGACUCAGGAAUCUUGGAUUCCAUUCCAGGCUUUGGAGGGCAGUGUGAUCUAGUGGGCAUGAUCUGUUGUGCCAAUUCUACCUCCUCAAGCAUCAUUCCUUGUGCUUCAGGCUUUCCAGUCUCUGUCUGUUCUCCCUUCCCCAUGCCUGGCUCUCUGCCCCAGUGUCCUUGCCCCACAAGUUCUCAUCCUGCCCUUUUGGGCUCCCAGUUUGUUCAUACUCCUCCCCCAUACCUUUACUCUGUUUAUUCCCAGAUCCCUACCUCACUCUUUCAGCUCAUGGUCUCUUAGCUGCAUGCCCAAUGAGUCCCAGUUCCCUCUGUCCUGUCUCAUCACACAGUAAUUCUUUGCCAGCUCUGGUUUCCAGUGUCACACAUGCUGUCCCAUCCAUGCUUCCAGAUCCAGUCUCCCUCCGAGCUACUUGUCCAGUCUAUCUCUAGCUCUCUCUCCCAGUCUUUUGGCCCAGCUAGUACUUGCACCCCGGCUUCUUGUCAAAUUUGUUUCCUCCACUUCACCUCCUCCUCACCGCACCACUGGUUCUUAAUCCCAUAGUCCUUUAUUGAAUUUUAAUGGUCAAGUUAAAGAGAAAUUGAGUCAUUGUGGUCUUGUGGACUGAACCUGAGCGCAUGAUAGCCAAUCUGUUCUAAUGACAGCUCUGCCGUGGACUCACUGUGUUACCUUGAGCAAAUUGCUUCAUUGAUGUCUCCAUUUUCUCAUUUGUGAAAUGGGGCUAAUAAUACUUAGGAGUCUAAACUCCCAGCAAUGAGUGUCUGCACUGUGUUUUGCACACACAGCCCUAUAUAAAUGCUAAUUAUUAUUAUUAUUAUUAUUAUUAUAGAUUUUUCUCUACUACAGGGAUGAAUACACAGAACACUGUCAACAUUGGCUCACUUGUAACUCCUAAAUAGAAAGAUUAAUUAAUGGGAAAUUUCAAAUUUUACUAGAUGUAUCUGGGAUUUAAAUCCCAUUUUUAAAAAUGAUCCAAUACUCAAAACAAAGUCAAUUAAAAUAAUCUUUUUGAUGUGCUUAGAGCAGGUCCCUCAAAUCCUUGGAUAUUGGAUAAUGCCUCAACUAUAUCCCAGAACAGAAAAUAAUGUCAGUUAACAUCAAGGCCACAUUCCUGGUUAUAAUGUUUUAAAAGAGAUGUUUUCUCCUUCCUUUAUACACUGAGGAUGUGUUUAAGAUGAGCUUAACUUUGAUAUGAAAUGUAAUAGUGUAGUACUACUGUUACUAUGGUAAGAUCAGUGUUGCUUUGACUGGGCAGACAGCAGCUCAGAAAAUUGGAUUUCAACACAGGUUAUUGGCUCCCACAAAUAAAUUUAAAGUUCUUUUGAUACAAAUCCCUACAGGCAUACUUUAAGAGUCCACUUUCCCCCUCCUCCAGUUUUGUUGUAGCCCUGUUGGUCACAGGAUUUAAUAGAUCAAGCAUGGUGGAAUAAUAUAUUUUAUUGAACCAAUUUCUGUUGGUGGAAAGGACAAGCUUUAGCACUUCACAGAGGUGUUUAGAGUCUCUAGCAGGACUGCUAUUGGGGGCAUAACUAUAUGGAAUCAUACAAUGUCCGUAUGUAAUCAUAUUUGUUUAAAAUGUUCUGCUGUACAGCAUAUAUAUUUAUAUAAGUACAUUAAAUACUACUUUUGAUAA